AUGGACAAUCCGACCAAGUUAAGCUUGGGCGAAAGACUGAAGGCCCGCUUCAAGCCAAAUCGACCAGCCAAACAGCAAAGGACCGACUUGGCCAGACUCACUCCGACUGUUGAUAAACCACCUAACAUUUUGUCUGGAGCCGCCGUUGACAAAACUCAAAAGAGGAAUCUGUGGCAGGAAGCUUUCGACGCCUUGCAAAAAGAUGAACGCAUGUCCGUAGUGCUUGCAGAAUUCGGACAGUUUAUUAUCAGCAGUACCACAGGUCAAUCAUUACAGAACGCCCAGGCUCAGGGUGCUUCUUCAAAGACUAUCGAUGUGCCGAUUUCCGAUGAAGCAUGGAGAGAUAAUUUGACUCAGCAAGCCGCCUCAUGCCGAGAUCGAAUGGCCAUAAACGCGCAAAGAGACGAAAGGGCUGCCAAUACCCUGGAUGGAAUCGUAACUGCCAAUGAUUGUCUGACCGUUUUCACUUCGUUUGAGCCUCACGCAGCAAUGGCCUGGGCGGGAAUAUCAGUCACCUUACCGGUAAUGCAGCCUCAGCGAGCUCUUUUGACUGAUUCCGGCUAA